AUGCCAGCGCCCCAUCUGCUGCCGAAGCGAGUCUUUGUCGGCGCCAUCAUCAGCUCGCGAUCAGCCACCGACCUGAGCAUCAUCGAACGCGGAAUUCUCGGCGUCGGCUCGGGCGGUGUCAUCCGCUUUGUGGAGGAUCUCGACGUGCUCGAGCGACAACUCCCUCGCCCUGCCUCUCUGUCCAACGCAAGCACCGGGACACCCUCGACCGAAUCGUCGGCCUCGACCGCCUCAAGUAGCACCGCCGAGGAUCGCUCCUCUACACCCGUACCCAUCCCUGGCUCCACCCAGUCCACGCUUCAAGAUGCACCGGAACUCACUUCCUUGGAAAUGCCACCCCCUGUCGUCCCCUCACGUCAUCCCACCACCAACGCUCCAAGUCACCUCGACGAGGCAUCGCAACGCGAGCAGCAGCUCAUCAAGCACGUCCUCGACAAGCACGGCUGGCGCAAGGGUCAGUACAAGCUCACACGCCUCCCGCCCGGCAGCUUCCUCUGCCCUGGCUUCAUCGACACACACACUCAUGCCUGUCAGGUGCCCAACAUCGGCCUCGGCCAGCAGUACGAGCUGCUCGACUGGCUUCAGCAUGUCACCUUUCCACGUGAGAGGAGGUUCGAAGAUGCCAGGUACGCUCGCAAGACGUACGAGUCGGUGGUGCAGCGUCUCAUCGAUUCAGGUACCACCACGGCGUGCUACUAUGCUACCCUGCACCUCGAAGCGUCCAAGAUCCUUGCCGAGAUCUGCAACGAGCGAGGUCAGCGUGCCUUUGUGGGAAAGUGUCAGAUGGACCGCAACUCGCCCAUCGACUACAUCGAGAAGAAUGCAUCGCAGUCGAUCGAGGAUACCAAGGAGUUUGUACGCUUCACAAGGAGUCUCAGGCCGUACGGACAGCCGCCCGACGUCUCUUCGCCUUCCAUGAGCCCCGCUGAUCUACACAGCACUUCACCCGAGAUGGACGCCAGCAUCGCUCGUCUCAGCGCCACCAUGGACGAACUCAUGUCGCCUACAGGCAGCAAGCCGCCUUCAGAAGCCGGCGGCAGUCCUUCCUCUGCCAAGAACAACCCUGCCAUCAAGUCGCUUUCCACCACAUCAAGGACAAGCGUACCGGUAGUAAGGCAGGCUAGCAGCGGCAGCAUUCGUUCCGCCCGCGAAAGCGGCGCCUCGACUCCGUCCAGGCAACGAGAACGCGAGCUAAACAAUGCGCUCGUCCAACCCAUCUUGACGCCACGUUUCGCCAUCUCGUGCACGGAUGCCAUGCUCACCGGAAUCUCUGCACUGCUCUCUCGCGAUCCCACUUUGCGCGUUCAAACCCAUCUCAGCGAGAACGAGGGCGAGAUCACCUUCACAAAGCAACUCUUCCCCUUUGCCAAGAAUUACACCUCCGUGUACGACCACUACUCCCUGCUCGGUCCACGCACCAUCCUGGCCCACGCGGUGCAUCUCGACGCCGACGAGCUCGCGAUCAUCAAGAAGCGCAAGUGCGGCGUUUCGCAUUGCCCUACGAGCAAUCUCAACCUGAGAUCGGGUGCGUCCCGUGUUGGAGAGAUGCUCAACAUGGGCAUCAAGGUUGGACUGGGUACGGACGUUUCCGGUGGUUUCGGACUGGGUAUGCUAUCGGCGAUCAGAGAGGCGAGUGUCGUCGCCAAGGUACUGGCUUUCCAACGCGCUCAGGCCGAGUCGAAGGAGAAGGAGGAGCAGAACGCGCUCUCGGCCACAGCUCCACCGACGAGCGAGCAGGCAGCUCAGCAAGCGCAGCAACCGCUCGCCGGUGCAGCCGCUGUCGAUGGACGAUACGCUGGUCCCCCCGUGGCGGGUCAGUACCAGCCUAGGAAACCGCACUCGGUCACCACCUCGAGCCUCAACACGGUCGAAGUCUCGCAAUCCGUCCAGGAUCCCGCCUCGUCGCUCACCAACAGAGCUACGGUCGACUUCACCAAGGGUCCGCUUAGCAUCGCCACCUUGUUCUACCUCGCCACGCUCGGCGGUGCCGAGGUAUGUGCGAUGGUGAGCAGGAUCGGAUCGCUCGAUGUGGGCAAGGAGUUUGACGCGCUGCUCGUGCAGACGACGAGUCACUGGGGUCCCGCGGGAUACACGGGUAACCCGGGAUGCUUUGUCGAAGAGGACGAUACGUUGCCGGACGUGUUCGAGAAAUGGAUGUUCACGGGUGACGACAGGAACAUCGGGACCGUGUUUGUCAGGGGCCGAGUGGUGGGUGGUGCUAAGCCGUUGCGGGAGUAG